CACCCAAACCCAGUGAGAGCGUGAGGCACGGCGCCAGUCGCCGACCAUGGAGAAUGAGGCGCGCGAAUCCCAUGGGACCGCACGGAACCGGGCACGGAGCGGCGACGGCGGCGAGGAUUUCAUCACCAGGCUCCCCGACGACGUCCUCGGCACCAUCAUCUCCCUCCUCCCCACCCAGGACGGCGGCCGCACGCCGGUUCUCUCCCGUCAAUGGCGCCACCUCUGGCGCUCCGCACCUCUCAACCUCGAGAUCGGCACCCGACCCCCCGACGCCGACGCCGACGGCCCCGUCCCCACCGUCCCACCCUCCGCUGUCUCCCAGAUAAUCUCCCAGCACCAUGGCCCCGCACGCCGAUUCUCCUUCCACUGCCGCGGCCACGACGACCUCUGCGCCCAGGCGGAGAGCUGGCUUCACUCCCGAGCCCUCGCCAACCUCGAGGAGCUCGACAUCGCCUACGCCUGCCCGCGGCUGCUGGCAUCAGUGCUCCGCUCCGCAUCCACCACCAUCCUGGUUGCCAAGAUCAACGAGUGUAAUUUCCCUGGCGAGAUCGUGCCGGCCAUGAGUUUCCCCAAUCUCAAGAAGCUUACCCUGUUUGACACUUCCAUCUCAGAGGACGUCUUCCACGCACUGCUCUCCGGCUGCCAUACCUUGGAGAGCUUAUACAUGGCCGAAGUUUCUGGUGCUGGUCGCCUCCGUGUUAGCUCGCCAACUCUCAAGACCAUUAUCUUCAGUCAUAGCUCCAGUGAAAUGGCAGAACUGGUGAUCUUGGAUGCUCCUCGCCUUGUAAGGCUACUAUUGCCUCGUUAUUACGAAAGUGACCGUGUGAUUAUCAGGGUAACUAGGGCGCCUAUGCUGGAGAUAUUGGGCCCUUUCAUAGCCGCCGUCUCCAAGAUCCUACUCUUUCAGGUAGCAGCAAAUAUCCUACUCUAUCAGGGAAUAAGCCCGGUCAGCUUGGCAAACUCGAUGCGCACCGUCAAGGUUUUGGCUCUCAGAUCUUCUGCAGAUAAGUUGCAUGCAGUUCUUAACAUCCUCAGGUGGUUCCCCUGUUUGGAGAGGCUCCAUGUCACUUUUCGUAAACACCAUGAUAGGGAUCAGAAAAAUGAGCCUCAGCAUGAACCACCGCAUCCAAUCGAAUGCCUUGAGACCCAUCUAAAAAAAGUGGUAUUUAAGCCAUUCGAGGGCUAUGGGAAACAGGUUGACUUUGCCAGGUUCUUUGUGUUGAGUGCAAAGGUGUUAGACAAAAUUGAAUUUGAAACACAUAAUCACUACGGCACUGAAAUGGUGGGUUAUGAACACAAGCUGCUACAAGUGGAAAACAGAGCCUCUCGACACGCUCGGUUUGUAUUCAAGACUUCAUACUGACUGAGUACCAUGUCAAUAAGCAUAUCCAUGAUUGGUUGGUCAGUAGCCGUCUAGCCGACCCCUUCCGACAGCCUUAGAAAGGGUUAACACCUGAAGAUUGAGGUGUCUUGUGCUCAUUUGGUAGAUGGUGUUGAUGCCUGAAGAUUGCACCAUCUUCCGCUGUUUGCUCUGUUUCUAGUCUGUAGUUCCAGUAACUUAUUGUAUUGAAGUUUGAGUUUACUGAAAUGUAACUUGGUGCCAUCUGUCUUGUACAAAUUAGCUGCUCCCUCUGUAAAGAAAUUUAAGAUCUUUUAGAUCACUAGCUAGUGAUUUUACUCUUUCCUAGAGCAAGUAUAGCAUUGGAUUUGGCUAAGGACCUGAAAAUAAUGUUGGCUUUGGCAGGGAUCCUUGUGUGUACUGCUUCAUGCUUGUCAACUUGUUCUCUGCAUUGCUGCCAGAGAGAUUUAGAUUUUCUAGACAUGUUCGUAGCUUGCAGAACCAGGAGGCUUUUGCUGGAUCCUUGUCACGGUGGCCUGUGGGUGGAGUAGGCUUUCCCUGGGUAGUAGAAGAGAUCCGAGGUCUUGAAAGUAUGGUUUUGACGAGAUUGACUUCAUUUUUGUUGUAGGAGUGGU